CAUCAUUAGUAAUUAAAUACUCAACGUAAAAAUAUCUAAAUGAAGGCUACUAUUACUUUAGCACUCCUUGUGCUGGCGACGACUUGCUACUGGGAGGUCGUCCAAACUUGUUCAAGCAUCGAACAGCGCUAUAAAUUCACAAAUAGUGACAUCUAUGUGAGAUUAAGACGUGGUGCUAAGCUGCAAUAUGAACUGAUGAAGGGCACUUCGAGUCUACAGACUGUGACAUUGGAUAAUUUUGUGACCAGCAGCGAUUUGGAAUUGACCUCAACGGGCAGUUAUAAGUUAUCGGAUGGCACAAGUAGCAUUGAAUUUACUCUGGUACAGUCGGGAGUGGUAAGUGGAACUGGCAGCGAUAUAACACACAUUAAAGUGGCUCGCAAUGAUGUGGCGGCAGGAUCACAGCCUCGCGAUUGCUUUACGUUGGAUCAAUCGGAAAUUCAUUGGUUUAGCGGACCAGAGCAGAAGGCGCAUUAUUGGCCAGUGGAAAGGCAACAGCAUAGCAAUUAUUCGUAUUUGCCCAAGGAGUUGGAUAACUUUGGUGUUGGCGAAAGAUAUUGGCUAAACAGUAAUGGAGUCUUUAUCUUUGUAGAGUCCAAUACGCCUCUCUUUAUUGAUCAGAAUACGGGUGACUAUAAGAAUAAACUCUGUUUGAGUGCCACUGCCGCUUUGCCCUAUGAUUCUCGAGUGACUAGCUCCAAGUUUGUUUAUCAUAUUGGUUUGGGCAAAAAUGCGAAAGCUGCUCAUAAAUAUGCUGUGAAAACGUUUCUGGGACAACCAACGGGUUAUCCUGAUGAGCGUAUUGUUCAGUAUCCCAUUUGGUCUACCUGGGCUCUGUAUAGUAGGGAUAUUGAUGACGCGGUUGUUCGUGAAUUUGCGCAAAAUAUCGUUGACAAUGGAUUCGAAAACAGUCAACUGGAGAUCGAUGAUGACUGGGAAAUCUGCUACGGAGCCUUAACAUUCCGUGAGAGUAAAUUUCCAAACAUUACAAAGUUGGUUGAAGAUGUCAAAGAAAUGGGUUUCCGUGUAACUCUCUGGAUUCAUCCGUUUAUCAACAAAGAUUGCGUUGACAUCUAUCAGGAGGCGUUAGAAUUGGGCUAUUUGGUUCUAGAUCAUGCGGGCGAUCCUUCCACUCAAUGGUGGAAUAGCGAAACUGCUGCAGCUACUGCUAUAGACUUUACCAAACCAGAGGCACAGGAAUGGUUCACAAAACGUCUUGUACGUUUGCAGAAGGAACAUGGUAUUGAUAGCUUCAAGUUUGAUGCAGGUGAAACCAGUUGGUUACCUCCAGACCCGGUUCUGCAGGCCAGUGAAAGUGAUAUAAUAUCGCCAUUGCAAGCGGUCGGAGACUAUGUUCGUACAGUUGCCUCCUUUGGAGCGAUGGUGGAGGUACGCUCGGGACAAGGCACACAAGACUUGCCCAUUUUCGUUCGCAUUGUGGACAAGGAUUCAGAAUGGGGCUGGAACAAUGGUCUGGUCACGCUGAUCACUUCGCUACUGCAAAUGAAUCUCAACGGUUAUCCAUUCGUCUUGCCCGAUAUGAUUGGCGGCAAUGGCUACGAUGAUAGCCCACCCAAUAAGGAACUGUUCCUACGAUGGCUCCAGGCCAAUGUAUUUAUGCCUGCCCUCCAAUUCUCCUUUGUACCCUGGACAUUCGAUGACGAAGCUAUAGAGAUCACCAAGAACUUUACGGCCUUGCAUGCCGAGUAUGCACCGUAUAUUAUAAAACAGUUUAAGCGUGCCGUGGAAACGGGAGAGCCAGUUAAUGCUCCACUUUGGUGGGUCGCUCCAGAGGACAAAGUCGCACAAGGCAUUUAUGAUGAAUUCCUUUUGGGUGACGAUAUUAUAGCUGCUCCAGUAAUAAUCGAAGGAGCCACAAAACGUGACAUCUAUCUACCCGAAGGACAAUGGACCGAUGGCAAUAAUGCUGAUACAGUUUAUACGGGGCCCAUUUGGAUAAUGGACUAUUCAGCGCCAUUGAAUACUUUGCCCUAUUUCAUUCGUGUGGGUUUUGAAAUGGAUUAGUGUGAGAAUCCAUUCCAAAAAGCCAUACCAAAUAUAUAUUUAUAUAAACAUAGUUUCGAAAUCUAAACACACAAAACGAUUAAAACGAAAAAAAAGAACAACUAACUAAUAAUAGGAAAAUAUCACAGUCAAUUUGGUAAAAUAUAUAUAUAUGAUUAGAA